AUGAAACUCGCAAAUCCAGUUCGCCAAGUUGCAGUUAUUGGGGCAGGGCCAUCAGGUCUGGCUGCUUUGAAGUUCCUACUGGCAGAGAAACACUUUGAUCGCAUUGAUGUGUUCGAACAAAGAAGCUCCGUGGGAGGUGUCUGGAAUUAUACUCCCAGCUCCGCCAAAGUUGGAGUGGCCUCGACUAUCCCUCAUCUUGAUCCACAUGAACCUGCGGAGAAGCCGACCUGGAUCAAAGAAGGAGAUGGCUCGUCCCAAGCCGUCUUCGUGUCCCCUCUAUAUGACAGACUCGAGACCAAUAUUCCAAAGGAGUUGAUGUGUUACUCUGAUCAACCUUUUCCGCGGGAUGCUCAGCUGUUUCCCAAGCACCGCACUGUGAAACAGUACUUGGAAGAAUAUGCCGAGGCUAUAAAGAGCCACAUCCACUUUGAAACACAAGUAGUGGAUGUCAAGUUGAAGGACCCCAAGUUGAGCAUUUGGGAUGUUACGACGCUUGAUCUCCAUAAAUGUCUUAAUACCACUCAGACCUAUGAUGCAGUGGUUGUGGCAAGUGGCCAUUUCACUGUUCCUUUUCUUCCUGACAUUCCUGGGAUCAAAGAUUGGGAUCAGUCAUACCCUGAGACCAUCUCGCACUCCAAAUACUACGACUCCCUAGAGUCCUUUGCAGACAAGAAAGUUGUUAUAGUAGGGAAUUCUGCUUCGGGACUUGAUAUUGGCGCCCAGAUAAACCAGGUGAGUGCUGGACCGGUCAUUAUGUCCCAGCGCUCGGAGUCAUACCUCGCAGCAUCUGCACCAUCGGAUAAGAUCAUCUGCCCAGAAAUCAUUGAGUUUCUCUCACCAACCAAAUAUAAACGAGGCCUGCGAUUUGCGAAUGGUCGUAUUGAAGAAGAUGUUGACGCAGUUAUUUUCUGCACGGGCUAUUUCUACUCGUACCCUUUUCUUGCAUCCCUGAAUCCAGCAGUUGUCACUCAUGGGUGGCGAACCAUACACGUUUACCAGCAACUCUUCUAUUCCGAGCAUCCCACGCUCGUAUUUCCAGUUCUUGCACAGCGUGUUAUUCCAUUCCCAAUGGCGGAGAACCAAGCAGCUGUCUUCUCCCGUGUUUGGUCCCAACGACUUGAGCUCCCUUCAAAGGCAGAGAUGCAGGCAUGGGAAGAUUCACAAGUGGCAAACAAGGGAGAUGGGAAAAUCUUUCACCUACUCCCAUUCCCGAUGGAUGCUGAUUAUUUGAACUUCAUGUAUACCUGGGCUGCAUCCGCCAAGUCACGCCAGGGGCUUUCAAAUGAUGGGCACGGCAAGCGGGGAACCUUUUGGGGAGAGCGGGAACGGUGGAUGCGUGCACUAUUCCCAGAGAUCAGAAGAGCCUUUGUACAGAGAGGAGAAGAGAGGGGGACUAUCAAGACCUUAGAGGAGCUCGGUUUCAUUUUUGAUGAACACAAGUUCAAGAGCAGUAUAUAG